AUGUCAAGCAUCAACUUCAAGAAAUGGUCUUCGACUGGAGGACAUCCGCUAGUCUCCGGCAUUUCUGAUGGAGCCAAGUUGGAACGAGUGCGGGUCUUUGUUUCGUCCCUGAACAACGAACUCUUGAACGUUGUCCGUGGAGUGGAGAACUUUUUCACCUUUGGUCAAGGAGACCGCACGUUUGAAUGUAUGUGGACGCACUUCAGUAUGGAAUUGCAGUUCGGAGACCGCUUUGCAAUCCUCGAACGCACCCAAGACGGCGUGAUUUUCUCCGAGAGACAAAUCGACUCCAGCUCUGAAGUGGAAACAUGGAGCGGGGUGCCUGAUUAUCAUGUGACUUUUGGUCAGGUCAUGGAUUUCUAUGGAAAGGAAUUGGGAUCUUCCUACGACUUCACCAGCAAGAACUGUAAGCACUUUGCUUACGAUUUCUUUUGGCAGAUUGUGCGCCAACAGGAAAUCGGCGACUUCGGAGGAUUCUGUCAAGGCCAUGAAAAUGUGUUCAAGUCGAAGACAAAAUGA